UCAGGGUGGGUUUUAAGGAGUGACAGAAAGAUAUUCCUACAGAAUACGAUCAGUUUUCCGUAGGAGGCAUAGGGAUUCCUGAGUGCGCGCACCGGAUAGUAAUCUUUGUUUAUGUUCCAGGGAAAAAGACAAGAGAAACCUGAUAACAUGGAAGGGACACCAGGCCUCCUGGCCAUAUUCACCCUAGCAGCAUGUUUUCUGGUCAGUGGAGCACAAAGAACAGAGUGUCACACAGUGGCUGACAUUGUGAUCCUAGUGGAUGGUUCCACCAAGAUCCGCCCAACAGAAUUCCAGGAGGUUCGGAUGUUUCUCCGCACCUUAAUUGAGGGCCUGGAUAUCGGUUCAGAAAAGGUUCGAGUUGGACUGGCCCAGUUUAGUGACCAGCCCAAGAUGGAAUUCCUGUUGGCGGAUAAUACAGAAAAAAGUUCCUUACUGGAGAAAGUGGACCGGCUUGAACAGCUGAAAGGAGGCACAGCCACUGGCACAGCUAUUAGAUUCCUUCAGAGAGAGUUUUUCAACCCGGCUGCAGGAAGCCGUUCUGGUCAGAGGGUGCCCCAGAUUGCUGUGGUACUCACUGAUGGGGAUUCUGUGGACGAUGUAGUGGAACCAGCCAAGGAACUAAGGCAGCAUGGGGUCAAUGUGUAUGCUAUUGGAGUGGGAGAAAUCAAUAUUAACAAGUUGAAGGCUAUUGCUAACAGGCCCAGUAAGUAUUUCCUAAACAGCAUCCGUAGUUUCCAGGUGCUACAACCACUUUCCCAGGGUGCGCUGCAGACAGUGUGUGAUUAUGGAGAAUUAGAGGGUUGAGGGACUUUUAGAAUGAAAAAAACAGUAUGUUGUAACAAAUGUCAGAAGUUGGGAAUGUUGAAAUUGCAUUUUUCUAAUCAUAUUUAGAAGUGGGAUUUGUGUGUCUGUCAUUUUAAAUAUUGUUCUCUGACUGUAAUCAUCAUGUUCUGUCAACUGUAUCAUCAACAUCAAUAACCUAUUGUAAAGGCUGUAUUUCCUUUUCCUGAUUAAGUUGUAUUCCAGUUCUGUUCAUUUACUAACCAAACUCAAUUCAAUAAGUCAACUGUCUGUUAGUCGAGGCUGCAUCGCUUAAUGUCUUCAGGGAGAGAUGCACAACAUGAAGCGUCAGGCUCUUGGUGUUUUAUGUUUCAAGAUGCAUUUCCUUACAUAUCCUCUUUAGUUCCUCCAUGUGAAGCUGAACAGAUACAUAUAGUAAUGUAGUCAAGCUAUAUAAAGACCAGGCCGUGAUCAUGAGAAGUUGAAUAAGCCAAUGCAUUUGCUGUUACUUGUUCCUGAGAAAUCAAUAAAUUGAUGUAACCAAC